UUAUUUUCAUGUUAUCGAGAUACGAAAGAAAUGCAAUUAGUUGAAGAAUACAAAGAAUUCGUCGAGCGAGAUUCAAAGGAGAUUUCGAUUUUAUGGAAAAUCAUACAAAUAUUUUGUUAUUUUUUAAGUGCAAUAUCCGGCUAUUGUUCUUCUAUUAUAUUCUAUAUUUUCUGGGAGGAUAUUUUUGGUGGAACGUGUCCUCUUUGGGCACGUGUAUAUGCUCAUUCUACAGCGACUGUAAUUAAUUCUAAUAAUGAUUAUGAAUCAAAUGAAACUAUUGUAAUAGCAAAUUUUAAAAAUUGGUUAAGUCACAUUGUUGUUAGAUAUGAUAGUGAAACAAAUUGUGAAAUUUAUUUUUUUGCGAGCUUACUUUCUUGUACAUUUGGUAUUAUAUGGAUUGCAAUGUUUUCUGUAUGUGGCAAAGGUGGAUAUAAUAAUAGAAUCAUUCAUUCUCCAUGGAGAAUCAUUGUUCCAGCCUUACUUUUCAAUUUUGCAUUUUCAAUACUUACUUUAUAUGCAACAUACGAGUUGCAAGAAGGAUAUGCAAAAUUUAGUUUCGAUAUACAAAAGGUUUUUUCAGAGCUAACAAAAUGCAAUGAAAUAACGAAUGAGAUGAUCUGCAGUAUUUUACAAAGUUAUGUGGAAAUGUAUGGUGUUCAUGGAUAUAAUAUAUGUAAUGUAUUUUUUAUACUACAGAUUUUAGCAUGGACCAUGGCUUGGAGUUGGACUUUUAACUUAAUGUUAUUAGUGAUACGUAUUCUAUUAGUUACUGACUUUCAUAUUUUAAAAGUUAGUGUUUAUGAAAUUCCAUCUAAUUCUAUUAUACCAUCUUCAGAAAAUGAUAAAGAUAACAUAAAAACAGAGCCUUCUGAAAAUGAAAAAAAGAAAACAAACUAACAUGUACUUAUAAAAUACAUAUAUACACACACACACACACACACACAUAUAUAUAUAUAUAUAUAUCUUAUAUAUAAAUGUGAAAGAUAAAUUAUGCACAUGUAACCUUAUUUUUCUGAUUAAUACAAUUUUGUAUUAUAGUAGAAUAAUUUAAUGUUAUGAACACAUGUUUUAGUUUAUGUAUUUUUUGUAUUAAUGUUAAUAGGAGAAUAUUAUAAAUCUUAUA